CCUCCCAACAUGGCCGCACAGUCUGACGGUCCGGUUUGCUCUCCUCCUACCGGGCCUGUCUCCUUGCCCCGGGCUCCUGUCUCCUCCACAGGGUACACUAUUCAGACCGCGGCCUCUCAGCGAUACUCACCCCGGGACGCGCUGUGGCUUUUGGCCGCCCUCCUGGUUUUCUUUUCAGACGCGGCCUCGGAUCUAUGGCUGGCCGUGUACUAUCUGCAGCGCCGCCGCCUGGCCGCUUUCUGGCCUACGGUGCUGCUUGCCGUGCUGCCUUCAGUGCUCACACAGGGCUUGAGCCUGAGCUGGGCCGCGGGGGACAGAGCGGGGCCAGGGGAGAGGACCAGGGGGAGAGCAGAACGUGGGGACAAACCGGGAGGGAACUGUUGUCGCAUGUGUCUAUGGGUCUUGCAGACCACUGUGCACCUGCUGCAGCUAGGGCAGGUGUGGAGGUACCUGCAUGCUUUAUAUCUUGGGCUGCAGAGCCGAUGGCAGAAGGAACAGCAGAGCCGUCACUUCUACUGGCGUUUGAUGUUUGAGAGUGCGGACAUCAGUAUGUUGCGUUUGCUCGAGACCUUCCUUAAGAGUGCACCACAGCUAGUGCUUCAGCUGUGCAUUGUAAUUCAGCAGGGCCAUGUGGAGCCUUUACAGGGUCUGUCUGCUUCAGCCUCUCUCCUUUCCCUUGCUUGGAUGAUCGCCUCCUAUCAGAAGGUGUUGCGGGACUCUCGGGAUGACAAGAUGCCAAUGUCUUAUAAGGGAGCACUGGUACAGGUGCUUUGGCAUCUCUUUACAAUUGCUGCUCGUGCUCUGGCAUUCUCACUUUUUGCCUCUGUUUUCCACCUCUACUUUGGGAUUUUUAUUGUCACUCACUGGUGCGUCAUGACUUUCUGGAUCAUUCAGGGAGAGACAGACUUCUGCAUGUCUCGCUGGGAGGAAAUAAUCUACAACAUGGUGCUAGGGAUUAUCUACAUCUUCUGCUGGUUCAAUGUUCGUGAAGGCCAGACCCGCUGCCGAAUGGCCACAUACUACAUCAUUGCAUUGUCUGAGAAUGCAGUGCUAACAGCACUUUGGUACCUGAACCAAAGUACUCCUCUCAGUGAUUUUUAUGCUCUUCUCAUUGUGUGCUCUAUCAUUUGUAGCUUUGCUCUUGGCAUAUUCUUCAUGCUUGUUUAUUACAGCCUCUUACACCCUAAUGGCCCCAUGUUUGGGUCAUCAAGAGGCAACUGUGUCUUUACUGAGGGCCCUGACAUUGCCAGAGAAUUCUCCACAGAUGGGUUAGAAAGCCUACCCCGCACUUUACCUCGGACUACAGUGGAGGAAGGUCAUUGGGUAACGGGAGACAGAAACAGCUGUGCCCCAGUCUUCCAAGUGCGUUCCAGUGUCCCCCAUACACCUGUGACACGUCUCCCAUCUAUUCAAGGACCAGUAAUAAGGAUAGAUCUUCCUCGUAAAAAAUACCCAGCUUGGGAUGCUCACUUUAUUGACCGCCGAUUGCGGAAGUCAAUUUUGACUCUAGAGUAUUCCUCUUCUGUUACACCUCGUGUGCAAUACCGCAGUUUAGGUGCUGCUCAUGAGGUUACAGAAUAUGAGACAACAGUGUGACUUUGUGGAAAGCCUUGGGAGAACAUGACAGAUUAUAGAUCUUUGACGAGAGUAAGAGUGACUUCAGGCACUGGGCAAUAGCAGACAAGAUUAGUGUCUAGAUGAGGAUUAGACGGCAGAUUCAGGAGGGAGCUAUGGGUUUGACAACAGUGUGUAAAGUGCAGUAGAAACUGUUGAAUCUUGGGGAUGCAACAGAGUAGGCUGCAGAGUCUGGAGAAGGAAAUGAAUGCAGAGCCUGUAGAUUUUGUGGGUCCUACGGAGGCAACUUCUGUAUGUAAAACAGGAGAGACUUCAAAGUUAUGGUUCCAGCAAGAGAGAUGUUUUCAAUAGAAAAGAGAGACAGCAAAACUCUCAAAGUACAAGAUAGACUGUAGGGUUUGAGUUAAGCUAGGGAAGAUUGGAUAUAUAACAGGUAAAGCUGAAAAACAUUCAGGGCAUAUAGCAGGUACAGAAGAAGCUGCAGAACUUUUUGGGGUUGGGUGUUCCAGGAGAGACAAAGAUUGUGUAUAAACCUUGUAUCUUAUUAUGACUGGUUGAGUAUGUUUGUAUAUGACUGGAUGCUGUGUGUAUACAGCUAUUUCCAUAUGUACUUGUCUGACUGGCCCAUGUGGGCUUUUAUAUUGUGUUAUGACUGAUGGAUCUGUUCAUAUACAAUGAGAAGCUCUUAUCAAUGUAAUAAUGAACUAAGAUGUGCAUAUAAAUUAUUUGGAUAUAUGUAAAUAUCCUGUUGUGUGUAUCACAGAGCUCUGUGUGUACAAUUAUUUAUAUAAAGACAUGUAUGUGACCUUUAUUUGAUGAUGGGGAUGUCUAUUUAACAGAAUAGAUUUAUUUUUCUA